AUGGAGGGCGCGCUGAGCCCAAUGUUUGCGCAGGCGAAACGCUCCCGGCGAUGGACGAAAGACAUGCCCCAUGGCGCCGACACGCCAAUGAAGGUCCCACUGGACGAGCUGGCGGCGCUGGUCCGCACCACCGUCAGCGACGAGCAGGCGCGUGACAUAUACGCGCACGCCAUCGACGAGCUGCUGAAGCUAGCGGAAUCGUUCACCGAUGCGUCGCAGCUGGUCGACAUCACGCAUGCGUUUACGUGGAUCUAUCUGGUCCUCGAUGAGUUCCUGCCCCUCCUGAAGGUGCCGACCCAGGAGUCCGUGGCGACAUUCUCGUACUUUUGUGUCUUUCUUAAGCGGCUGGAGAUUCAUUGGUGGAUGCAGGGGUGGAGCGAACGGCUCAUACGUAAAGCGUAUAAAAUUCUCGACGAGGAGCAUAAGUUGUGGACUACUUGGCUGGCAGAGGAGAUUGGCUGCGUGUUUGAAGGCUAA